AUGGAUCCUUAUCGAGGUAAAAAUCUUACUUUUACAAUUUGGUUCUAUUUUGAGUGCUUUUGUAGUAAUCCAAAUGGUGAAAAGUGCGAAGAAAAGAAUCAGUUUUCUACCAACAUAUGUUUAGGAUUUCUCUAUGCUAAAUUGCAUAAUCACAAUAGUGCUAUUGAAUGUUCAGCUAAAGCGCUAGCAGUAAAUCUUGAAUCCGAUGAAAAAAUGAUAUUUAUUAGUUCUCUUCGCUUGGCCGAUAUUUUCAAACGACGGCAACGCUAUGAUAUAGUUAUUACUAAUUUUAAUCGAGCUUUAGAAUCUAUUCAAUUAGGCUCGGAUGAAGAAGAUCCAGUGCUUUACGUUGAAGUGAAACUAGCGCGAAUUGAUUGUCACAAAGACAACCAAGCUAUUGAUACACUGCGAGAGCUCUAUCGAUCAUUGCAAUUGUAUGGCUCGGACACGAAGUACAUUUGUUUAAAGACAAUUGUUCUCGAUACAUUGGCUCGAUAUUCUUUAAUGCAGCGAGAAUACGAAAACUUCAAUUAUUCUAUAGAGCAAUCCAUUGCACUCAAACACGGCAGUUUGUCACAGUAUCAUCCGAGUUUAGCUAUCGAUUUUAUAUUUCAAGCUGAAUUUCAUGUCCAAAAGGCAGAAACAUUGCAUGGUGAAACUGCUGACAUAGGAGACAUUCGUCGAUCUUAUUAUCGUGAGGCCUUAACAUCGUAUGAACGCGCAUUAUAA